CCGGUCUUAUAAAGACCGGUGAGUGGGCAGAAGUACCUCCUUAAAGUACAGGUUGUCAUCGUCUUUCCCAAAAGUUACUAAAGGAAUUCCUGGGGUGUGAUUUUUACCCGUUUGCAGCUGCCCUCCCUUAGUUUCUGAAACAUUUUGUACGUGUAACACGUCCCGUGGCUCCGGAAUUAACGCUUUUUUCGACCCCAGGACUCAUUUUUAACGGGGAAGUCAGCGCAAUUUGCACAUUCCUGAAGUUUAAAGGCUGAAAAGAUGUUUCAGAUUAAAAGGAUCUGCUGCAUUGGAGCUGGGUAUGUCGGAGGCCCGACGUGCAGCGUGAUCGCCCAUAUGUGUCCAGAGAUCACCGUCACUGUUGUGGACGUCAAUGAGUCUCGGAUCAAAGCCUGGAACUCGGACACUCUGCCCAUUUAUGAGCCGGGGUUGAAAGAGGUGGUUGAAUCAUGCAGAGGGAGAAACCUGUUUUUUUCUACAGACAUCGACUCGGCCAUCAGGGACGCCGACCUCGUCUUCAUCUCUGUGAGUUCUCUAUACACCAGGUUGUGUUCUGACUGUGAAGCAUGUCCUUUCCAGCCUCUGCUAACUGUUGUUCUGUCCCGGCCCAUCCCACACAACACACAGGUGAACACUCCAACCAAGACCUACGGGAUGGGGAAGGGUCGUGCCGCUGACCUGAAGUUCAUAGAGGCGUGCGCUCGGCGGAUCGUGGAGGUGUCCGACGGGUACAAGAUCGUCACGGAGAAGAGCACAGUGCCCGUGCGAGCUGCUGAGAGCAUCAGACGGAUAUUUGACGCCAACACCAAACCCAGCCUUAACCUACACGUGCUGUCCAACCCAGAGUUCCUCGCAGAAGGAACAGCAGUGCGGGAUCUGAAGGAGCCAGACCGCGUUCUGAUUGGUGGGGACGAGACUGAUGAAGGCCAGAGGGCCAUCAGAGCCCUUUGUGCCGUGUAUGAACACUGGGUCCCCAAAGCCCGCAUCAUCACCACCAACACGUGGUCCUCUGAGCUCUCUAAGCUGGCGGCCAAUGCGUUCCUGGCUCAGCGGAUCAGCAGCAUCAACAGCAUCAGCGCCCUCUGCGAGGCCACCGGCGCCGACGUGGAGGAGGUGGCCAAGGCCAUCGGUAUGGACCAGCGAAUCGGCAGCAAGUUCCUCAAAGCCAGCGUUGGUUUUGGUGGGAGCUGCUUCCAGAAAGACGUGCUCAAUCUGGUGUAUCUGUGCGAGGCCCUCAACCUGCCCGAGGUGGCUUCCUACUGGCAGCAGGUCAUCGACAUGAACGAGUACCAGAGGAAGCGCUUUGCCUGCAGGAUCAUCGACUCGCUCUUCAACACCGUAACCGGGAAAAAGAUCGCUCUGCUGGGCUUUUCUUUCAAAAAGGAUACCGUGUCCGAGCUGGUGACCAUAACCUCAGAUCCCUACGAGGCCUGCCAGAGUGCUCACGCGCUGGUCAUCUGCACCGAGUGGGACAUGUUUAAGGAACUGGACUAUGAGAAAAUCUACAAGAAAAUGCUGAAGCCGGCCUUCAUAUUCGACGGUCGCAGAGUUCUGGACCACCUCCACGCUCAGCUCCAGUGCAUCGGCUUCCAGAUUGAGACCAUCGGGAAAAAGGUGACAUCAACACGAAUCCCCUACACUCCAGCAGCCGCCUGUCCCCGCAUCACCGGACCUGAACCUCCCUCCAAGAAGACGAAAGCUUAGAGCCGACUGCACCCCCCCGCCCACCCCCACCCCACAUUCCUCUGUCAGCCUUUCAUUUCAGUGGCAGAGGGGCGGGACCCGUCCUUCUGUUGGUGCACAUCCACUGAUCAAAGGAGCCCCGCCGGACGGCCAGCUGCUCACCGCUGUGGGCUGGAGGUCAGGAGUGGAGCAUCAUGUAAACCAUUCCAUACGCACUGUUAACUUUUGACAUCAUUUGCUGUAUAACCUGCGAACUUUUCAGAUACCCGUCUGCUGGAAAGAAACACCCAAAAUGGGACUAUUUUCUUACACUCUAUUAGUCAAAUGGGGUUUUAUCCUGAAACAUUUUAUACCGUUUUAUUUUAUUUUAUUAUAAAUAAUCUUACUGUAUGUUAGUCAGUGUUCUACCAGAAGGGCCAAAGCAAUAAAAUGUGAUGUGCGUCUAAACUGUGUCGCC